AUGAGCAGUCUGUUCGCGGGACUCUUUCGCAGAGCUCCUCAGACAUCAGCAAUUGCAUCCAAAUUCCCAUUCACAGCCGAGACGAACCCAUACCGUUGCAAACGCACCUGGCCUCCCGACUUCACGCACCUAUCCGCCAAGCACCAAUUCCGCCUUGAACGUCGCUACAGAAGGAGAUCAAAAUUGAAGUGGGCACGGCCGACCUGGACAAAAGGGGUUAAGCUGGCUCAAUGGGGAAGCAUUGUCUUCGUCCUGAUAUACGGCGUGCUCUUUAUGCAGGUGGACGACGGCAGGACACCUUUCGACGGAGUAAGUGAACAUACGACGCAUUGCAACCAACACGGUGAGCUGAAUCGUCAUGACUUCAGAUCAGGGCCUGGUAUAACGAGCAAAUGGGGAACACCAAUUCCCCAAAUCGACCAGAACUACCUGCAGGCGACAACAGUCCUGUUUCGAGGAGACAGCCAUCUUGA